AUGUCGUUCCGCGUCGCUGCUCGUAGGGUACCUACUCUCGCCCUUGCGCGACCCACCGUCGCUCCUCGCGCAGCCACCUCGGUCGCUGCCAUCCGACUUUACAGCGACAAGCCUUCGCCCGAGGCACGCGCCAGCUCCAUCAUCGACUCUUUGCCAGGCAAUUCGCUCGUCAGCAAGACCGGCUGGGUUACGCUCGGAACCGGUCUCACCGCCGUCGCCAUCAGCAAGGAAAUCUACGUCGCCAACGAGGAGACUGUCAUCCUCGUCGGUUCGCUCAUCUUUGCCGUCCUCGUUGGCCGUGCCGUCACCGGCCCUUACAAGGAGUGGGCUGACUCCCAGAUUGAGAAAAUCUCCAAGAUUCUCAACGGCGCUCGCGCCAAGCACACGGAGGCUGUGCAGUCGCGCAUCACGUCGGUAGAGUCGCAGAAGGACGUGGUUGGAUUGACCCAGGCAUUGUACGCUGUGGCCAAGGAGACGGCGCAGUCGGAGAAGGAGGUGUUUGAGCUGCGACAAAAGACGGCGCUCGCUGGCGAGGUCAAGUCGGUGCUCGACUCGUGGGUUCGCUUCGAGGCGAGCGAGCGCGAGCAGGAGCAGCGCGAACUGGCGGCCAGCGUGAUCAAGAAGGUGCAGGACUCGCUCAAGGACGACAAGCUCCAGAAGCAGAUCCUGGACAACGCUGUUGCCGAGAUUGAGAACCUUGUCAAGUCCAAGGCUAUCUAG